CAGAGUGGGCAUUGCUGGAUCCAGUCCAAAGAGCUCUCUAUGAGGACGUCAUGCUGGAGAACUACGAGAGCGUGGUCUCUCUGGCAGCACACCAAGAGGAGACAGCUGGGGAACUCAAGGAAUUUUUUGUGAAAAAAGCCAAGGAUGAAGAUUCCAAAGGAAAGUUAAACAAUGGAGAUGAACCACAGAGGCAGAAGGGAAGCCCUGCAGACAAGAGAAGGGAUAAGUCUAUUCCGUCCCAAGGUGAAAGCUUCUGUGAAAUUCCAGUCAACCAAAGGAAUGUCAACCAAAGGAAGACAGAACGAAGGCCUUCGUGCUAAUCAGAGAAUCUGUUCCAGGGAGAACAAAAAAGAAAGUAUGCCCUUUGAAAAGACCUUAUGUAAGAACAUUAGUCCUAUUUCUGAGCAAAAAAAUCCCUUCAGAGAGAAACCAUAUUUUUGUGUGAAGUGUGGAAAGAAUUUCAGUCAGAAAUUAGCCUUUUCUUCCCAUCAAAGAAUUCACUCAGGUGAGCAGGUGUUUAAAUCGUUAGAUUGCAAACCAAACCUUGAUAAACUAAUUUCUUGCCAACAGCAAAAUUUCCAUAAACAAAUCCACACAGUGGAUGAAGCGCAUAAGUGCUUGGAAUGUGGGAUGAACUUCUCAGAUCAAAGCCAAUAUGAGAUCUAUUUGGAAAUGCACAGUGGGAAGAAGACCCAUCAGUGCUUGGAAUGUGGCAAGAUUUUCCUUUGCAGAGUAGAGUUCUUUGAACAUCAAAGAACACUUAACGGAGAGAAACCUUAUAGCUGCUUAGACAAUGACAAGAGCUUCUCAGAAAAAUCAGGCCUUUUUCAAUACCGAGGGACUCAUUCAGGAGAGAAUCCGUUAAUCUUCUUAGAAAAGGGAAUGACCUUUUCUGAUAGAAAAAUGGAUAACAUACACAUUCCAAAUCACAGCAUAAUGCAGGCACAUAAAUGCUUUUGGUGCCUAAAGUUCUUCAGCAACAGAUCAAUGCUCCUUGUCCACCAAAGAACCCACACAGGAGACAAACCUUUUGAAUGCUUAGAGUGUGGAAAGAGAUUCGGUCAGAGUAGCAGUCUUCAACAGCAUCAAAGAACUCACACAAAGGAGAGACCUUUUGAAUGCUUAGAGUGUGGAAAGAGAUUCAGUCAGAGUAGCAAUCUUCAACAGCAUCAAAGAACUCACACAAAGGAGAGACCUUUUGAAUGCUUAGAGUGUGGAAAGAGAUUCAGUCAGAGUAGCAAUCUUCAACAGCAUCAAAGAACUCACACAAAGGAGAGGCCAUAUGAAUGCCUAGAGUGUGGAAAGAGAUUCGGUCAGAGUAGCAAUCUUCAACAGCAUCAAAGAACUCACACAAAGGAGAGGCCAUAUAAAUGCCUAGAGUGUGGUAAGAGAUUCCGUCAGAGCAGCAAUCUUCAACAGCAUCAAAGAACUCACAGAGGGGAGAGACCUUUUGAAUGCUCAGAGUAUGGAAAGAGAUUUAGACAGAUUGGUGCUCUUAAAAAGCAUCAAAGAACUCACACAAAGGAGAGAUCCUUUGAAUGCUCUGAGUGUGGAAAGAGAUUCAGUCAGAGUAGCAAUCUUCAAAGGCAUCAUAGAAGUCACACAAAUGAGAGACUGUUCAAAUGCUCCAAGUGUGGAAAGAGGUUCAGACAGAUUGGUGCUCUUAAAAAGCAUCAGAGAACUCACACAAAGUAGAGACCUUUUGAAUGCUCAAGUCGUGGAAAGAGAUUCAAUCAGAAAACAUGUCUUCACCACCAUCAAAGAACCCACACAAAGGUGAGACCCUUUGAGUGCU